UACCUUUUGCUUCCGUUGCGCAGUUUCGUCGCCAUUACGUCACUUCCGGGCGUCAAUUUGUGGCUCGGUGCGGCGCUGGGAGACAGAGCCACGGGAAAGAUGUAAACCGAGGCGCCAGCGACAGCCACCGUCAGCGAAGACACCUAACAUUACCCUGAGGAAGCGGCACCGGCGCCCCGACACUAGCGGGCCGCUCAUCGGCUCGUUGUUCCUGAAGCGGCGGAGCGCCUGCCCGGAGCAGCCAUCUUUACUGAGAGAAUGUACGGGGCGACGAGGCGGGCCUGCUUGGGCUCGGGACCGGGCCGGAGCUGGUUGAUGCUCACCACUGCUCUGCUGCUGUCGGCCGCCGUGAUGCUCUCCGGACUGCCGAGCUCCACCGAGGCGAAGGAAUGCGACAAACCGUGUGUGAACGGACAGUGUAACCCCGCUACGGGCAGCUGUGUGUGCGUCCCCGGCUGGGUCGGGGACCAGUGCCAGCACUGCGGAGGGCGCUUCAGACUCACAGGACCAUCUGGGUAUUUGACUGAUGGCCCUGGAAACUACAAAUACAAGACCAAGUGCACCUGGCUCAUAGAAGGACAACCCAACACUGUUCUACGGUUACGGUUUAACCACUUUGCCACCGAGUGCAGCUGGGACCACCUGUACGUGUACGACGGUGACUCCAUCUAUGCUCCUCUGCUGGCUGCUUUCAGCGGUCUGAUAGUCCCUGAGCAGUAUGGGAACGAAACGGUUCCUGAGGUGGUGUCUCAGUCCGGCUUCGCCCUGCUGCACUUCUUCAGCGACGCUGCCUACAACCUGACCGGCUUCAACAUCUCCUACAGGGUGAACACAUGCCCCAACAACUGCUCUGACCGAGGCGAGUGCCGCGUGGGGAACUCCUCUUCUUUGGUUUACUGUGAGUGUGACGCCAACUGGAAGGGCGAAGCCUGUGACAUCCCGUACUGCCUGGCCGACUGUGGUUACCCCGAUAGAGGCCACUGCCAGGGGAAGACCUGCAUUUGUAAAGCUGGUUGGCAAGGCUCAGACUGCUCCGUGUCACUUCCUGCCAAUUCCUCCUUUUGGAUCCGGGAGGAAUACCCCGAUGCCGGGCUGGCCAGGGCUUCCCACAAGGCUGUGGUUGAGCAGGGCAUCAUGUGGGUUAUUGGAGGCCACGUCUUCAAUGCCUCUGACUAUCACAUGGUCAAAGCAUAUAACCUCACCAGCAAGACAUGGCUGACCCUUGACCCCUCCGUCAACACCGUCACACCCCGAUACGGCCACUCGUUAGCCCUUUAUGAGGGGAAGAUCUACAUGUACGGAGGAAAGAUCGACUCAACUGGAAACGUGUCCAGCCAGCUGUGGGUUUUCCACAUCCAGAACCAAACAUGGGUUCUUCUCAGCCCUCGGCCUAAGGACCAGUACGCUGUGGUGGGACACUCGGCCCACAUUGUUCCUCCCAUAAAGGAGGGGGACAGUCCUGUUAUGCUGGUCCUGUUUGGACACUGUCCUCACUUCGGUUACAUCAGCCAUGUGCAGGAAUACAACCUUGUAAAGAACACCUGGAGCAUUGUGAGUCUGGACGGCGCUCUGGUGCAGGGCGGCUACGGCCACAGCAGCGUCUUCGACCCCGGCACCAGAGCCAUCUACAUCCACGGAGGCUACAAGGCCUUCAGCGCCAACAAGUACGGACUCGCAGGAGACCUGUACCGGCUCGACGUGGACAAGAGGAAAUGGACCAUUCUGAAGGACAGCGGUUUUUUCCGUUACCUUCACACGGCGGUGAUCGUGAGUGGAGCCCUGCUGGUGUUUGGAGGAAACACACACAACGAUACGUCCAUGAGCCACGGCGCCAAGUGUUUCUCCUCAGACUUCUUGGCCUACAGCUUGGUGUGUGAUGACUGGACCGUGCUGCCCCGGCCAGACCUCCACCAUGAUGUCAACCGCUUUGGACACUCUGCAGUUUUUAGUGACAGUGUGAUGUACGUGUUCGGGGGCUUCAACAGCCUGCUGCUCAGUGACGUCCUGAUGUACACCUCGCCCAGCUGCGCCGCCUUUUCCAGCCCCGCAUCCUGCAGCCAGUCCUGGCCUGGGAUCCAUUGCAUCUGGAACAGCACCCAGGAGCUCUGCCUGGCAUGGGAGAGCAGCGAUACGGGCUCAGAUCAGCAGCUCCCCGCCUUCUGCAACAAAAGAUCCAAUGCUGAUAAUGAGAGGUGUGACCAGUAUACAGACUGCUACAGCUGCACCGCCAACACCAACAGCUGCCAGUGGUGUUCAGGCCAGUGUCUGUCUCUGGGAAGCAACUGCACCGCCUCCAUGGGAGCCAUAGCAGAGUUUGACGUUUGCCCCAAAGACAACCCCUCGUAUGUGUGCAACAAGAAAACCAGCUGCAAGAGCUGCGCCGUGGACCAGAACUGCCAGUGGGACAUUCGCAACCAGGAGUGCAUCUCACUGCCAGAAAACGUGUGUGGUGAAACCUGGCACCUGGUGGGGAACUCCUGUCUGAAAUUCAACACCACAAACGAGUCUUACGAUAAUGCCAAGCUGGCCUGCAGGAACCACAACGCUGUCCUGGCAUCGCUCACCACACAGAAGAAGGUGGACUUUGUCCUGAAGGAGCUGCAGAUCAUGAAUGUGAUGUACAAAACCACGGUGACUCCCUGGGUGGGUCUGAGGAAAAUCAACGUGUCAUACUGGUGCUGGGAGGACAUGUCACCCUUCACCAACACCACCCUGCAGUGGCUGCCGGGCGAGCCCAGCGACGCCGGGUUUUGUGGUUAUCUGGCCGAAUCUGCGUUUAGCGGACUGAAGGCCCAAACCUGCAUCAACCCGGUGAACGGCAGCUUGUGCGAGCGGCCCGCAAACCACAGUGCCAAGCAGUGCCGGACCCCGUGUGCCAUGCGGACCUCCUGCAGCGAGUGCACCAGCAGCAGCUCAGAGUGCAUGUGGUGCAGCAACAUGAAGCAGUGUGUGGACUCCAACGCCUACGUGGCCUCCUUCCCCUUCGGACAGUGUAUGGAGUGGUUCACCAUGAGCACCUGUCCUCCUGAAAACUGUUCUGGCUACAGAACAUGUGGGCAGUGUUUGGACCAGCCAGGCUGCGGUUGGUGCACGGACCCCAGUAACACGGGCAGAGGCCAGUGCAUUGAGGGCUCCUAUCGAGGACCCUUCCAGACCUCCGUCCCGGCCCCGUCCACCCUGCCCGGCUUUCCUGCUAGUCCCCUGCCUUCUCUCAACUCCAGCAUGUGUCCCGGUGAAGCCAAGUACAACUGGUCCUUCAUUCACUGCCCCGCCUGUCAGUGUAAUGGUCACAGUCAGUGUGUCAACGAGAGUGUGUGUGAGAAGUGUGAGGACCUGACAACCGGCCGACACUGUGAGAGCUGCAUCUCUGGUUUUUAUGGAGAUCCAACCAAUGGAGGCAGCUGCCAGCCCUGUAAAUGCAACGGCCACGCCAGCAUGUGUAACCCCAACAAUGGGAAGUGCUUCUGCACCACUAAAGGCAUCAAAGGAGACCGAUGUCAUCUGUGUGAAGUGGAGAGUCGUUACCAAGGCAACCCCCUCAAAGGGACAUGUUACUACACGCUCCUCAUCGACUACCAGUUCACCUUCAGCCUGUCUCAGGAGGAUGACCGAUACUACACAGCCAUCAACUUUGUGGCCACUCCAGAGGAGCCCAAUCGGGAUCUGGACAUGUUCAUAAAUGCCUCCAAGAACUUCAACCUGAACAUCACCUGGGCCACAAGUUUCACAGCUGGCACCCAGACCGGAGAGGAGAUUCCCAUUGUUUCCCGAAGUAACAUCAAGGAGUUUAAGGACAGCUUCUCCAACGAGAACUUUGAUUUCCGCAACAGCCCCAACAUCACUUUCUUUGUGUAUGUCAGCAACUUCUCCUGGCCCAUAAAGAUUCAGAUUGCCUUUUCGCAGCACAGUAACUUCAUGGACCUGGUGCAGUUCUUUGUCACGUUCUUCAGCUGCUUCCUGUCCUUGCUGCUGGUGGCUGCGGUGGUGUGGAAGAUCAAACAGAGCUGCUGGGCAUCACGGCGGCGAGAACAACUGCUGAGGGAGAUGCAGCAGAUGGCCAGCCGUCCUUUUGCCACCAUCAAUAUGGCCUUGGAGGCAGACGAGGAGCCACCAGACCUGAUUGGAGGAAAUGUAAAGUCCGUCCCAAAACCCAUUGCCCUUGAGCCUUGCUUUGGCAACAAAGCCGCUGUGCUCUCCAUCUUUGUCCGGUUACCCAGAGGCUCCGGCGGCAUUCCUCCUCCAGGACAGUCUGGUCUGGCGGUGGCCAGCGCGCUGGUGGACGUCUCCCAGCAGAUGUGUGUUGGAUACAAGGAUAAGUCUGGAGGUCUGAGGAACCGUAAACAGCAGCCCACCGCUCAGCCUUCCACCUGCAUCUGAGCCCCGCCCACUGUGUGUACACCUCCCCCACACCCAGCGCUCUCCAUCAGUACCCCCCCCCCAACAUCAGCCCCCUCCGUCAACGACUACUGCCAGCUCUGUUCAGGCUGGGAGAGGCGCAUGCUGGGAUGUAAGACAGGAUCGUGGUGAGGUCCACCACCUCCUCCUACCAAAACUUUUGGUUCUAUCAAACGGAUCAGGACGAGGAGGGGUAGGGGAAGUGAGUGAGGAGGAAAGGGAGGGCCAGAGGAGGCGCUGACUCCUCCCCCAUAAACUUUAGACAUUAGUGGACACGCCUGGAUGGAGUGGAGGCGGCCACGGCUUGCUGCUAGUUGAGCCUCGUCUCGUAGUUUGGAACAUCAGACACUUUGCAACCCUCAGUGAUGUUUUAAGUUAUUUUGGUCUUUGUGUUGUAUUAUUAUCAAUAUUAUUGCUAUUUUGAAGAAAGGAACAAACUGGAUACACUCAACAACACACACUUCCAGAGGCAACUUUCUGGUCCUUUACACCCGUUUGCAGCCUGCUGCUCAGCGCUCGAGGCUCCUGAGGAUCCACGGUGGGAGGCUGGCCGUGCAGCCGAUGAGUCCGACGUGUGGCCUUUCUCUGGACCAUCCGACUGGAUGACAAACCAAACCCCAGCAGCAUAUUCUCCUGUUGACUUGUUUGUCAGAUCAAUUGAACACUCUCCAGCUAAUGAAAUGAACGUCGUCCGCGCCGCUGAAGCAAACGCUCUGAUCCAGAUCACACCUUCAUCCUUCUGCUCACCUGCCUUUCCUCUUCCCAUCCUAGUUUUGGGUUCUGCACCAGAAAAAAUCUACAGACUCACUAAAACAAAGCAGGUUUCCUGUGUUUUGGGGACACCAGGAGGUUGUUUAAUCACUGAAAGCAACAGGAGCACUUUGAAGAGCCGUUUUAGUGUUAAAUAGUUCCUGAAUGGUACGGCAGCUGCAGGGUUUUGACUGAAGGAAGAGACGUAAUUCAAUAGAACGUCUCUCCCUUCCCUACGAGCUUAUUAACUCCCUCUGCCCUCUGAGAAGUGCUGUUAUAGAACAAUUUAAUAACUUACAUUCUGCCCUAAAGAGCUUGUAGUGCAGGUCUGGGCUCUCGCAUGCACUCAGCACAGCAGAGCUGCUCAGCAGCUGGUUAAAGGGCACACUUUUAGCACCGGGGAAAGGUCAGAGCGGAAAGCAUGAACAAAGCUGACAUUCUGUAAUUAUAAAGUGCCACAACUCAACUCAGCAACUCCAGCAGCCACGGCAAGCAUUAAGAAGUGGGGUUCCUGCAGGGAGGCCGAGCACGUCCGGUGCUUCUCUUCUUCCAAUCUCCUUUUGUAAAAGUCUGAGGGUGAAAUAUGAAAUUGGCAGCCUUCCAAGGAAACCCCUGAGCAUCAUUAGGCUUUUGUUUUUCCUGCUCCUCCUCAUGUAAAAGCCAGAUUAAGGUAAUGCACACUCUGAUUAUGCUGCAGACGUUUGGAACCAUCUGAUCUUUUGCCUCAGAACAGAAAAAACCCGUUUGUUAGCGAUCGACCCUCCGUGGGCUCCUCCUGAUGUUCCAAGUCUCUGCUAGGUGCUAUCCAUUAGACAAAUUUAGAUUAAAUAUUGCUUUUUCUGCUCACUUUCAGGACAUUUCACCUCUGCUCCGCCCACUCCAGAGAUUUCAUUUAUUCUUUGCUGACUCAAGGCCUUCUAGGGGCUGUGUGGGUGUUUACAGGCUGUGAUCGAGAGCCCUGUUACACCUGGGAGGCGGGACGGAUCAGACCUGAGUAGCUGGGUCACUCAAUAUGACCAAAACGCUAAAUCAAGGUUGCAUUUUUCUUCUGAAUGUAAUGAACUUCAUGUAGCAUCGGUGCAUGAUGCGUUUCCCAUCUGCUGUCUGGUUAAUCACCAUGUAAGGCUGAUGUUUGCUUUAGGAGAAUAAAUAUAAUCCAUGCAUGCCGAUCUGAACACACAAGAAGGGGUUUCACAGUCUCAGUCCUGAAUGUGCUUUUAUGACCUGAACCUCCAGAAGCUUAAUUAGCUCUCAUUUGCCUCCGUUCGGGUCCUUGCAUUGAAUUACCUUACCUGUUCCUUGCUCUGCUUUUUCCUUAUUUCCUUGACAGUAUUACUGCUGAGGAGAGUGUGUGUUGUCCUGAUCUACAGGUACCUCGGAAAGUUCUCCACCAGCAGCUCCAGGAGAGUGCCAUGCACCCUCUUAUUAGGCAGAGCUUAGAUUUUUUCAGCUAGUUCUUAAAAAUAAAAGCGCUCGUGGAUUUAGAUGCAACAAUGUGGCCACAGCCCACCAUAUUCAGUAGAUGGACGUGUUUUUAAUAAUGCACGGAGGAAUGGCAGAGUGAGGGACAGCAGAGACCUUUCAAACAGAUCUGAGAGACACAAGCUUUACUUUGAUGCUCACUAACAAAUGUGUCACACAGCUUGGGUUUUUAUGUGAUAUCGCACCAGAAUAAAUGCUAGCUUCAUUUGGUCUGCCAGUCUUCCUGCGGUAGCUGAGAGUUGUGACAAAUAAAACCAAAAGAGCACAAAACGAACAUAGGAUCGAAGGUCUUCGCCGCUGAAGCGGUUCCGUUCAGCACCAGAGUCCACACCUUUACUGCUUCUACUGUACUGGUGGGGCAUUAAAGGAUUCCCGGGUCCUAAAGUUCAAAUUUCCCAGUCGAUUACCUCUCGCCACCAUCAGAGCUGUCCGAGUGUGAAGUGGGCCCGAGCAGCACUUCACACACCUCAAACUGUACUGGAUAACACUAACUCUACGUGGGCCUUACUGUUGUCACUGGUCUCUGAAGGAUGUGCUAGACGUGUACAGCAAAGAUGUAUUUAUAAAUGCUGAUGAAACGAUUUUAACAGUACUAGUAGGUUUAUUUUUGUCCAACACUGGCAGCAUUAAUGUGUUUAAAAUGCUUCCAUACACGGUUAAAGCAUCAGGAUAAGGUCGCCGGCAAACCAGGCAUUUCUCCUUUUCCAUCUCUUUGUACAGCGGCAUUAUAUAUACAUAUAUAUCUAUAUACAGAUACAGAUAUGUAUGUAUGUGUUCAGGAAGUAGUUUGUUAAUAUGUAUAAUUUAGCAGUUGCUGUUUUUUUGUAAAUAUCGAGGAAGUAUUGUGAGCGACUGGUUUUAAAAGGGUUUGUGGCGACUCCCUAAGGCUUUUAAAAUGUGACUACAGUAAAUAGCAGGUUUUGUAUGUAACGCCACCGUGUCAGGCCAACGAGCACUACUGGAAACCUACUUGUAAAACUUGAGAGAAGUCAUGACUGAUCUUGUAAUUACUGAUGUACAUAAAAGAAUGACAGAACAUUUUGUCUGUUAUUAAAUAUGAAAAUCCA